CGCUCUUUUUGACAGACGACUACAAGAGCAUUGUCGUUUGUACAUACAACUCUUUCACCCUUCACUUUGCUUCUUUGUCUCUAUUCCACAACACAUACAUUUUAUUCAAAAACAAAAAACAAAAAAACUAAAAAAAAAGAGAAAAAAGAUAUACACACGGACACAGACAGUCAAACAAUUUUUAUCACGCGUUUUUCAUUUUUCAUUUUUCAUUUUUUGUUCUUUCUCCAUCUCUCCUUCUUUCUCCUUCUUUUCUUUCUAUUCCCUUCUGCCUGACAUAUUCGCAAAUCUAUUUUGUUUUAUCUUUCUUUAUUGUCGCCAGAAGCCUUUCCGUUACUGCUCCUCAACUCUCAUUAGUGAAUUAUCUGCAAAAUGAAGAUCAAAAAGACUCCUGUCAAGAAGUUGGCUGUGCCGCCACUUCCAAUCCGAAACUUAAUCAAGACACUUAAAGAGUGUCCUGAAGCAGAAAUUGCAAAUCAUAUUGAGGCAACGCCAGAAUGGACAUGGCCGCGAGGAGAUCUGUUCCAUUGGGUAGGCGUGCUCAACCGCUUCGACGAAAUUCUCGAAACGCUUUGUAAACGCUAUGACAUGAAGAAGCCACAGUCAAAGGUGAUGACGCCUGGGGACUGGCGUCUAACUAUCGCCAUGCUCACAUUUUCACGGCUCUUGCUUGAGAACUGUACUAACCGGAAUCUCUAUGCUUCUUAUGAGCAACUCAACGAUUUACUUAAUGCUCGUGAUCUGGAUAUUCUGGAGUCGUGUCUUCGUCUUCUACUUCGACCUGCUCAGCGUCACAGCGCUCAGCGUUCAGCACGCUCAAUAUUCACGGUGUCACAGGAUAAACUAUUGGCUCUUGCACAUUCCUGGGGUAGCAAAGAAUACGGUCUGGACAUGCAGCAACUUGCAGAUGACAAAGCCGAAAUCCCAGAACGAAUGCGAACACUCAGUUUUCAGUUCUAUAGAACAAUAACUCCCAAUAAACAACCCAAUUCAGACGCAGCCUCGACAACCUCAUCAGGGUCUAGCACCAUCGUUCCAACAGCAUCGUCAUCAACCACACCUUCCGUCUCUGCAUCAUCUUCCUCGCCCACAAAACAGAGGCGACCUUCUAAUUCUGCUGUAUCUUCGACUGUACAUCCCCCAUCCAACGCUUCCUCUAAUGCUACCUCAUCCACAAACGAAGGCAUGGUCGUGAUCCAAGUCUCCGAUCUCAGUCAAAUGGGCUCCUCAGACUAUGGAAUUCUUCAGCACCUGGUAGACGAGUAUAAAGUUCCUGAAGAACACCAUUUUCAACUUCUCAGCCGUAUCAGGAUAGCUACAGGAAUCACUGAUCCAAAGCAUCGCAAGCAACUUUUGCUGAUCCGAAUCUUGGCCAUUGCUGUCAUGUCUCAUGUCCUUCCUGAAAAUGUUGCUCUUGAAAAAUUCUUCGCUUUCGAACCUGAGAUCAUCCAGAGCUUAACUGAUCUCAUUCAUCCGGAUCAUAAUGUGCCUUUUAAUCUGCAAACUGUCGCGCUUUUUGCAAUAGACGGAUUAGCACAUUUGAGAAGCAAGCAGCUGGAAGUGCUGGCUGCAGUGAAUGCUUCUGCGAGCCACGGCGUUCUUUUGUAUGCAUUGCGCAAGAUUGUCACCAAUAUCGAUGCCCCAAAUGUACCCUAUUCACAGGAAUAUUUGGAUGCAAUGUUCGCGUUCAUUUCAUUCAUCAUUGGUUCACAAAUGGGAGGGAAUAUGGUUAUAUCAGCUGGCAUUGUCCCCGUCAUUCUACAGAUGCUUUCAAACAAGCAACCCACACAGCUAAAAAAUGUCACUAAGGGCGUUACCAUCUUGGAUAGCCUUAUUUAUGGUUUUAGUACCGCUUUUACGUCAUUUUGCUCAGCCGGUGGACUGAACAGCUUAGUCGCGAGAAUCAAGGAUGAGGUAGACUAUUCAUUGAAGCUAGUCAAAGAAGCUGAGGUGUCUCAAAUGAUAGGUGUUACUUCUACGUCUGUCUCCAGUGAUAAAGAUCAGGUUAAAGAUGAAGACGCCUCCCCUAUUCCUUUUGAAAGGACUGCAUUGCUUAAGGCCAUGUUUAAAUUUGUUAUCCACAUGAUGCAAAGUCCUGGCACUCAAGAAGGAUUGCGGAAUCUUAUCGACACUUCACUACCAGCCACACUCAAGGACAUCAUGGAGAACCCAAAUGCUCUAGGAAAUUCUGUCUACGCUCAUGCAAUCAACACUAUGACAUCCUUUAUCCACAAUGAGCCAACAUCUCUUGUCAUUUUGCAGGAGGCCAAGAUACCCCAAACGCUUCUUGCGAGUCUUUCCAAAGAAAUCCCCCCAUCCAAUGACGUUGCAGUUAACCUUCCAGGAGCAUUUGGCGCUAUCUGUCUCAACCCUGCUGGAUUGGAAAUGUUCAACAAAGAGUUCUCUAUCAAAAAGUUCUUUGACAUCUUUACUUCCAUCCCACAUGUACAAGCGUUUCAAGAUAAUGAUGUUGCAUCCAAUCUGGGAGUCUCCAUGGAUGAAUUGAUUCGGCACCAGCCUUCGCUAAAAGCUAACGUGAUGUCUGAAAUUGUUGCUAUGUUGAAGCAGGUUCUCACGAUGUGUGGAUCUGAAGAGGUGGUUGAAAAUGAUAUUGUAUUUUGUACUCUACAAAAGACCCGAGCUAAAGGUGCCCCACCUCUGGGCCAUGUUUCAGAAGAAGAUGGCGCAAAAGACGAUCGAAAGGAUAGUCUUGUUGCACAGUUGAUCGAGGCAUCUGCAAGAUUUUGUGAGAGCUUUUUCGCCAACACUUCAAGUGCCAAAGACUUUUUGAAGUCUGAUGGGGUGGAUAUUCUCAUGCGAUUUUACACUCUUCCGACAUUGCCAUACGAUUUGGCCAAUACUCCCGCCUUCUUUACUUUGUCGCAUCUUCUUAAGCUUCUCAGUGAGACGAACCCUGGCACAGCCAUUUCAGCUGUGUUGAAAGAAGUGAACAAGAUGUUACUCAAAGUACAACCAUUACUUCAAUCCAACAAUCCAACAUCGGAAUUGAUUCAGUAUAUUGACAUUUCAGAAUCAAGCGAAGAUGUAAUUUCAAAAGGGAAUGAUAUACUUCGAAACUUGACAAGCUUGCACGCACUGAGUGGGCUUAUAUCAGAUAUGUUUUGUGCCUCUGCGUUUUCUCAUGGUCGAAAUUCCGCAUCUGUCUUGGCUGCAUUCGUGGAUGCACAAGGUGACAAGGCACUUGCGGGUCUUGGUCAGCUCCACAGGACAUGUGUUUGGGAAAGCAUCACAAUGAGACGCAUUUUACAGAACAAUUGGAAUGACCCUAAUCCAAAAGCAAAAAAAAUUUAUAACCCUGCGUCAGUUCCGGGCACUGUGGAUGAUAACACCAAUGAUUCUGUGAGCGAAGAUAAGGAAAUGACAGCAGUGAACCCCAAUGUGGAUACAUACACGCCUAGUGCGAUCAACACAAAAUACUUCAAAUUCUUGCUCACUCAGAUCCCUCACUAUCUCACACCAAUGUAUCAAGGCAUGGUCAAGAUGUUGUUUAACCGGCGUGAUGUCGAGGCAUCUCAGCGUGCUCACUCUUUUCAGAUUGCGGAUUCUCUGUCAAGGGUCUUGCAAGGCCAUGUGUCAUGGAAGUUGUUAGAUUCAAGUGCUUCAGCCCAAGACAAAUAUACGUACCUUAAUACGAUGUUAAAAUUGUUACCAUUCCUAUUUCUGGAUGAUCGCAGUCCUGCCACACUUCAAACUAUUAUGGUUGUCUCGUUUGUCAGGACAGGAGGUUUGGAGCUAUUGUUUUCAUGGCUGGAUACAUUUUGGGCAGAAACUAUUGCGAUCCAUUCCUCAUCUACGGUAGCCGAGAAAGAGCAAAAGGACUUAUUGGUCAAACUGUAUGGAUCUAUCGAAAUCAUUCUAAGCGUGAUUCAAAUGUUCACAUCCUACAAACUUCUACUCGAAUCAUCACACACAUCACCAUUAACAUCCAAAGAUGAUAAGAACAGGAAAGAAGACUUUUUUGAGCCGCAUGAAUUCUUGGUUGACCUUCGGUUGGCAGUUUUGCCUCGCAUUAGAAGCCUUUGGAUGGAUAAACAAUUAGAUCACUGUCCUGCAGUUAUCACUCGCCAUGUCAUCCAAAUUAUCACCAACAUAUUAAAGGCCGCUGGUGAAACCAAGCCCCCUGCUCCAUCAACCCCACAAGCAGUUAUAGGUACACCUUCGUCUGUGUUUGGUGCUCGGCCCCUCGUACCCGAUGCUGCCAGUGUGGCUACACUAUUGGACAUGGGCUUCCCACGAUCUGCUGCGGAGCAAGCACUGGUUCGAUCUGGAAAUCAGCUCGAGCGAGCCACAGAAUAUUUGCUUACGCAUCAGGAAGUCGUAGCGGCUGCAAUCUAUGAGCAGGAGCGUGAAGAGGCUGCAGCUCGCGCUGCAGCUAUUGCGGCAGCCAACGCCGCCGGCUCAACUGAAGCUGCUGCAACGGAACCCGCCGCAGGAUCUUCCACUGAGAACAAUGCUACAACCACGUCCGGAACUCAGGAAGGAGAAACCUCUGCCAUUGCUGGAAAUCAAACGCAGGGGAAUGAAGGCGCGAGUGAUGAAGACGAUGAAGAGGAAGAUAACGACGAUAGUGAAGAUGAUGAUGACGACGAAGAUGAUGAUGAAGAGGAAAUGCUGCGACAGGCGCUCGCAAUGUCUCAGGCGCUGGAUGCGCCCACGCCCAAUGCUGACUCUGCUGAUGUCUCUUCUGUUCAAGAAUUGACUAACGAGGGUGCUUCUACUUCUAGAGAAGUCCAAUCUUCCUCUACCUCCAGCAAUCAGCAGGAUCAUGAUGGGACAAGUGGACGGGCUGAAGAGAAUGCGAAUAACAGGGCAACUGAAGAAGCAAAAAAGGAGGAUGAGUACAAGGCCGCGCUGGCACGCCAUCAAAGACACAAGGAGGAACUGUCAAAGGGCCGUGACGAGAUAAAACCUCUUCUCAUUACCCGAUCUCUAGAAUUGAUUGACGCUUGUGAAGACAUUAUCUUUUACGUCAGGGAUUUGUUCAUUCUCUUGUCUAAGGAAAAGGACAGUAAGCUGCUGGAUGAACUUGUCAAGGAUCUUGAAAAAGUCAGCAAUUUCAACAAUCAGACCAACAGCACUGAAAAAGUAUUCGGUGGCCGUCUGCGACUGUUGGCUUUGCUUUUUGGCGACAUUUCAAUUCAGUCCAAGAUGAGCGAAUACGGUCCUACACUUGCGCCUUUAUUAAUGACAACCUUAACAGAUUACAUCAAACUUCAGGGUUCUCAAAAGGGCAAUACGUGGCUAUCCCCGCUGUUACUUAUGAUUGAAAGUCUCUUGUCGAUGUCAGACGAGAUCAAAGCUGUUCCAGAUGACACAACGGCAGAAGCAAAGCUCAAAGCUACACAUGAUAAGGACAUGAAGCACGAUAUCAUCUCUAGCUCUGACAUGGAGAAUCUACUCAGCUACUCUAUCAUUCUUCUCAAUCAAGAAGAUCUUACAAAGGAUACUACACUUGCGGUUUUCCGUAUACUUGUGCGCCUUACUCGACACCACGCGCUGGCCCUGAAGUUUUUGAAGUCUAAUGGUCUGGAGCUGAUUUUCUCGACCCUGAGGCCUGAAAGGAUUGGUAUUCAAGGACAACAAAGCUUUAUUGUCAUGAUCAUGCGUCAUAUUAUCGAGGACACAGUUACUUUGCAGGCGACGAUGGAGAAGGAGAUUGUACGGUGGUUUGCGCAACCUACUCGCGCAAGAACUGCGGAUAUUCAAAGCUAUCUUCGCUAUAACAAUUUCUUAGGACUACGCGACCUAGAUGCUUUUAUCGCAGGGACGUUGAAUGUCUGCAAAGUCUCAAAGCAUGAUCCUGCUUUUAGAGCGCUUCAGUUGACACUCUCUAAACCUUCAACGCCAUCGAAAUCUGGAGAUACUGAAAAGGUGCAAGGCGAUGAUAUCAAGGGAAAGGGCAAGGAGAAGGAUAAAGAUUUGGAAACGGCAGAGCAGACGGUUGCUGAGUCAUCUGCCUUAGCUUCAGAACAAACAUCUACCACAACCACUACUGCGGCGGAUGUUGCUGAGGCUUCCAAAAAAUAUUCGUCUGAAAUAUCAGAGACUGUUAUUCACUUCUUGGUUUCAGAACUCCUCGACAGUCGUACAACAUCGUCUUCUGCUAACCCCCAACCCUCAUCCGUCAACGCGCCUAUUUCUGGGACUCAGCCAUCCAAGACUAUUAUUGCAUCUCCACCUUUGGCUACAGCUCUAUCAACUCAUUCUGAUAAGGAUUCGAAACCAGCUGAGGAUACUCCGCAUGACAUCGACUUUGUGCACAGAUGCUUUGUCCUGCAAUGCUUGAAUGAGCUCCUGAUGUCAUAUCCUUCAUGCAAGGUUGAUUUAAUGAACUACUCGCGUCGAAAAGGUGUAAAGGACUCUGGCAGCGUUGCUAGCAAGCCAAGAGCCAACUGGUUAGGUUACAUUUUGAAUGACCUCAUUCCAUAUAGAGGUACAGUAGCUCAAUCAAGUGACAUGGAACUUCGUAAGCAUUCGAUUGAGUCGAACUUUGCAUGUGCGGUAUUAGUCGCCAUGUGUUCCAACAAUGACGAUGAUGAAGAGGAAAAGAAACCAUUCAGUGACUUGGUGCAAGUCCGUCGGUUUGUAGUUGAUGGUAUCAUUCGGUCUUUUAAGGAUGCAAUUGCAUCAUCUGAUCCUAUUGAAAUCAAGUAUGGCAAAUUCCUGUCAUUGUCCGAGCUGAGUUAUAAAAUUUUGGGCGCGUCCUCUUCCUCCAUUGUCAACGCAAAACCCAGCGAAGAUAUGUCGAUCAACAUUGUCAAGGUGAUGCUAGAGAAAAACUUUAUUAUGACGCUCACCAAUGUUUUGGCAGAUAUCGAUCUCAAUUACCCCCAUGCCAAGGUCCUUGUCAAUGCCGUUCUCAAGCCUCUGGAGCACUUGACCAAGCUUUCUCUCAAGAUGAGUAGAUCAACCGAGCCAGGAUCAUCCAAAGUCCAUCGGCAGUCUACACCGUUAUCUGUUACUGGAAGCGGGGGCGGUUCUGCAGACGAGGCCGACACGCCAGAUUUAUACAGAAAUUCGUCGCUCGGAAUGUUUGAUGGAGCCAACAUAGAAUCUGAAGAGGAGGAUGAAUCUGGUGACUCUGUUGGCGAAGAUGAUAUAUUUGAAGGUGAAGAAUAUGAAGAAGAGACGGCUAGUGAUGCUAGUGACUUGAGUGAGGAAGAUUUCAGCGAUGAUGACGACGAAGAUGAAGACCUCGAGGAAUCCGUUGAACGUAACCCAUUCCAUCAUCACAGUCACGGGAUCUCGGAUGACGAUGAAGAUAAUGAUGACGAAGAUAUGGAUGGUGACGAGGAUGACCUUGAUGAAGAGAUGGAGGCUGAACUCCAUGAGGCUCUCGAUCGUGAGGAUGAUGAGGAUGAUGAAGAAAUGAUGGAGUGGGAUGCUGAAUCAAGGCCCAUCAUUCUCCGUGAGGAUGAUAUUGCGGAGACCAUUGAGGACGAUGAUGACGCUCAAAUUACAGAUCCUGAAUACUUUGAAGAACAGGACCGGGCCCAUCGUCACCAUACUCAUACUCACAACCCUUUCCUUCAUCCAGCAGACGAGGAAGGUAUGGAUGAGGAUGAUGAUGAUGAGGACGAUGAUGAUGAGAAUGUAGAUGAGGAUGAUGAGGGUGAUGAAGACGAUCUCGACGAGGAGGCUGAUGACAUUGUUCUGCUUGACGACGCUGAGGGCUUCGACCCGGUUCGAGGACCAGGUCGUGGAGGACCUUGGGAAAUGACCAGUACCUUUGUGAUCAACGAUCAAGAAGGUUUCCUUAAUGGCGCGCAAGUCAUUGAUCUACGUGGCCGUCGUCCGAGAAGCACUGCCCGUCGCUUGGAUGACCGGGGAUUCUUCUGGAACGAUUCGGUAGUCGACCAAGGACGAUUCUCAUAUAUCGAGGACGAUGAUUUCCCUCUUCUUGGGGCGCCUGCCCGAAAUCCCUUCCUUCAAGUCAAUGACGAUGUGAUCACUCACCCUUUAUUAGCCCAGCCUCGCGCUACGCCAUCGAAUCCUAUUUCGGAUGGCCAUCGUCGUGGCGGUUCACGGAAUGUCGGACUUACAGAUUUACAGGCGUUUGGUGAGCUGUUGAGUGGAAACCCAAGCCAGAUUAUCGGCACAUUGAUGAAUGGAGGUGCCAUUCGUGCGAACCAUGGCGCAUUCCGUGUUGAGGUCAACCAUGGUGGUGCAGCCAUUGUGGCGCCUAUCGAUCGAAGUCUCGCGCAUGGCCACCAUUCUGGAAGUAGCUUAAUCCCAACCAGCUCCUCAGCAGACGCUAGCGGUAACAAGGUUGAUAUGUUUAGCAUUGUUCAUGAUUUUGUUCCUUUCUCAACCUCGCAAAGAUGGUCUCAAGAGUGUCGCAUGAUGUAUGGAGCAACCGCACAGGAAAAGGCUACAAGACUAGUUAACCACAUCGUGAACGCUUUGAUCCCAGCAGCUAAGGAAGAGCAUCGUCUCAAACUUGAACGCGAUGCCAAAGAACUAGAGCAGCGACGUAAGGCUGAAGCAGAACGCAAGCGGAUCGCAGAGGAGAAACGCAAGGCAGAAGAAGAAGCAGCGCGUAUUAAAGCAGAGGAGGCUGAAAAGGCACGGCUCGCGGAAGCUGCAGCGGCGGAGCGUGAAGCAGCCCGUCGUGCGGAGGAGGCUGCAGCUAGAGCAGCACGUGGAGAGACAGAAGGUCCUGAGGCUACACCUUCAUCAGCAGAGACAUCUUCAAUGGAAGUGGAAGGUACUUCGUCUGCAACGGCUGUUCAACCUCAACCUGAGUCUGAGUCUGCAGCUCCAGCUCGUCGGACGGCGUUGAUCGAUGGUGAGAUGGUGGACAUUACUGACAGCGAGAUCGACCCAGAAUUUUUGGAGGCGUUGCCUGAUGAACUGCGUCGAGAAGUGUACAACGACUAUCUUCAGUCGCGCCGUCCCGCCGUACCGGCCGUUCAACCACAGCAACAACAAUCGUCUUCGACUGGCACCCAAGCCAUUAACUCGGUGUUUAUGGAUGCGCUCCCACAGCAUUUGCGAACUGAGCUAGAAGAGAUCAUGAGCGGACAAGAUGCAACAAGAGGUAGUACAUCGACAUCAGGACCUUUGAUGGAUGCGUUCAAUGAGUACACGCUCUCUCGGCUUGUUCCCCGCCUUCGACAACUCUAUCAAGAAGGUGCCAGUCGACCUAAUGUACCGCCCAGUCUUUUGGCAGAAACAACUGCGUUCUUAGACCAAAUUCCUCGAAGCUAUCCUGGAUUGCGAGAAGCACACGAUCUUCUUGUGGGCGCUGCAUCGGGAUCGUCUUCUACGGCUGCUACUAAGAAGGCUGCUGUGCCACGUGAUGCUAUCCAGCUUGUUGACAAGGCAUCACUAGCUACACUUGUUCGACUGAUGUUCCUGCCUCAGCCUGUUGGAAAAAAUAUUUUGAACAAACUCUUAGUCAAUCUGUGCGAAAAUAGUAAAACACGAACCGAAUUGUUAUCACUUUUACUCUCGAUCUUACAGGAUGGAGGUACUGAUUUGGCGGCCGUGGAUAAGAGCUUUGCGCAGAUGUCGCUUCGAGGGAAGGCCAUUGUUAAAGCUCACCAACAUCAAAAGGGCAAGGGUGCGGCGGCUCUAUCGACACCAGCGCUCACAGCGACAGACAAUGUACCUAACCUUGUAGCUCGUCGAUGCUUCGAAUCGCUUUCCUAUAUUGUCUCGUAUAACUCGCAAGCAGUGCUAUUUUUCCUUACGGAACAGGAGCAUCAUAUUGCCUUGAAGCGCACGCCUUCCAAGAAGGGUAAAGGCAAAGAAAGAGCCAUCAGCUCCAAGUAUCCGAUUGUGCUUCUGUUGGACCUUCUGGAACGGCCCAUUUUUAUUGAGAACGCUGCUCUGAUGGAACAGUUAAUGAUGUUGCUCUCCCUCAUUUGUCGUCCGUUGGCAACGUUAGCAAAGGAAGAAGAUGAAGAGAAGGAUAAAAAGGAAGAGAAGAAGGAGAAAGCAAGAGCUGAGGAAGGUGCUUCCAUAUCUGCCUCAACUAACACAGUAGCCACAUUGACGGGCUCGUCGGCUGCCACGGGACCAGAUACAACAGGGGCUUCAAAUGAGACGAGUGUUGCUGCACCUGCCGAAAACCCGACAUCAGUAUCCACCGUAGAUGAAAGAUCAAAUGCUAUAGCAGCCACUGCAACUGAAAGUGAUAGUAAGUCAGAUACCAAAGCCGAGGCCAAGACAGCCGACAAUGAGCCACCAACAUUGAAGCCUCCCGUGAUUCCCGAUCACUGUCAGCAAUUGAUCGUCCGGGUACUCACUGCAGGAGAGUGCUCUAGUAAGACAUUCCAAUUCACACUAUCCGUAAUCCAAAAUCUUUCAGUGCUACAGGGCGCACGGGACGUGAUCACAACUGAGUUAAUCCGAGUUGCGCGGGAACUAGGAGGUGGCAUUCUAGAGAACUUGGAUACACUCUCUGAGACAUUAUCAAAUGCAAUGAGUGGCGUAGAUGUUCAAGGAGUAGCCCUCGAGAAGUUCACACCCGCGUCAUCGAAGCAAGCCAAGUUGCUGCGUGUUCUUAAAACAAUCGACUACAUGUAUUCUAAAAAGCAAGGCCCUAAUCCCACCCCAGCGACAACACAAGUCAACAUUGAACUUGCGCCUACUCUGGAUCCCGAGGAGGCCGAUGCAGUCAUGCCCAGGUCAAUGCGUGAUGUUGGUCAUGGACCUAUGAAGUUGAGCAAGGAUGAGGAGAAAGUUUCGGAAAUCUAUGAUAGUCUUUCGUUCAACACUCUAUGGACCAAAGUCGGAGAUACACUCGAGCUGAUUCGUGAGAGAAACGACAUGAUCCAUGUAGCGACAGUUCUUUUGCCACUGAUUGAGUCGUUCAUGGUUGUCUGCAAGUAUGUGGGACUUCGACCCUCGACAUUAGAAAUGGAGGAAGCAGAAUGCAAGGCGACAUCCACAUCAACUGAGGAAUUGUUCUUACAGUUUACUGAGAAACAUAGCAAGAUCCUUAAUAUCAUGGUUCGCAAUAACCCCUCAUUAAUGUCCGGCUCAUUCUCGCUGCUGGUGCACAAUCCUAAGAUGUUGGAGUUUGACAACAAGCGUAAUUACUUUACACAACAACUCCACAAGCGGAGCCCCACUCGGGAGCAUUAUGGUACAUUACAAAUGAAUGUUCGUCGUGAGAUGGUCUUUGUAGAUUCAUUCUCGCAGUUGCAGUCUAGGACGGGUGAAGAGAUCAAAUACAGCAAGCUGAAUGUGCAUUUCCAUGGUGAGGAAGGCGUCGACGCCGGUGGUGUAACCCGAGAAUGGUUCCAAGUGUUGGCUAGACAGAUGUUCAAUCCAGAUUAUGCGCUAUUCAAGACAUCAGCUGCAGACAAAUUGACAUAUCAGCCCAAUCGAGCGUCAUAUGUCAAUCCUGAUCACUUGUUGUUUUUCAAGUUUAUUGGACGAGUUAUUGGCAAGGCUAUCUAUGAUGGACGUCUCUUGGACGCUUAUUUUACAAGAUCUUUCUAUAAGCACAUCCUAGGACGGCCUGUUGACUAUCGUGAUGUGGAGGCUGUUGACCCUGAGUACUAUAAGUCGCUAGUGUGGAUGCUUGAGAAUGAUAUUACAGAUAUUGUGGAAGAAACUUUCUCGGUGGAGACGGACGAUUUUGGCAACAAGAAGAUUGUAGAUUUGAAGCCUAAUGGACGGAACAUUCCUGUGACUGAGGAGAACAAGCAUGAAUAUGUGAAGUAUAUCACAGAGCAGAAGUUGACACUAGCAAUUAAGGAUCAGAUUCACUCUUUCUUGCAAGGAUUCCAUGAGAUUAUCCCAGCACAUCUGAUUAGCAUUUUCAACGAGCAGGAGCUGGAACUUUUGAUUUCAGGUUUGCCAGAUAUUGAUGUGGAUGAAUGGAAGAACAACACGGAAUAUCAGAACUACACACAAGCCUCGCCCCAGAUCCAGAACUUCUGGAGAGCCGUUCGAUCAUUUGAUCAGACAGAGCGAGCCAAGCUGCUGCAGUUUGUGACAGGAACGUCCAAGGUCCCACUUGGUGGAUUCUCCCAGCUUCAGGGUAUCUCUGGUGUUCAAAAAUUCCAGAUUCACAAGGACUUUUCGUCAACGAAGCGUUUGCCUUCCGCACAUACAUGCUUCAAUCAAUUGGAUCUGCCAGAGUAUGAAACCUAUGAGGAAUUGCGACAGCAGUUGUUGACAGCUAUCUCAGAGUGUAGCACGGGAUUCGCAUUCGCAUAAGGCUUGAUUUCUAUAAAGAAG